AUGGGAUAUGCGGUCUUUGUCGAGGAACUCCUUGUCAAGCGACAACUUCGCACAGCACUAUCGGAAGCCGAACGUGAACACGUCCAGAAAUCACAAAUCUCGCAACUCUCUGAUGACGACCUUCUCAACGAAUAUGAACGUCAUACGUCUACUCACGACUCUAUCUACCGCGCAUAUUCUCGACUCCAGCGACUAUGGAAGCAAUGGCAACUCAUCAUAUCCGCUAAUCCAGAAGAAGAAGAAAUACUACAAAAUUACGUCAGCAAGUAUGGAGACUUCCAAGACAUUCUCAAAGAGGCUGUCCUAGUUCUGCAGAGACUCGACAGGGAAAGGCCGCUCAUCGAAGAAGAACUCAUCAAACGUCAAAUGGAGUUUGAACCAUAA